GAGCUGCGUGUUUCAGGAGAAUGACUAAAAAGUUUAAGUCACUCAGACCUCCGCUUCCCCUUCUGCUUGCUGCAGAAAGAGAUGUAACCUGAAUCUUUGUUUAGGUUUUGGUUGGGGAGUGAGAAUUAAAAAGCCAGGGCAAAUGCAGAGAGCAGAUUUUUUUUUUUUUAAGUCAAAAGUUAACAGGCCAUUCCCAGUGUUGUUCCCCCCCCCCUUAAUACUAAAUCUGGAGUAAGUUGGCUUGCCCUGAUAAAGAUCUUAACAUGUACAGAAGGCGGGUUUUCCUUAAGGAGGUGAGGCUAUUCCUCCAGGAGAAGACUCCCCCCGCUUACACACACCCCCUUCCCUCCCUUUAUGUAAGGUUCCACCCUCUGGAAAACAAAACUUUUUUUUUUUUUCUUUUCCUGGAGGGACAGACCUCAGUGAAGUUGGGAUAAGAAUCUUAAGAACAGUCCACCAAGUGGUAACGGCCACAGCGGCCUCUUUGGACGAAGACUUGCUUGUAGUAUUCCUGCUCUUCUCGGUGUCAGCUUUUAUUAGUGCUUUGGGGUGGGGGAGGGGGGAAGAUCGGCAGACACGGACGGCCGCUGACCCUCUGGAGUUGGUAUGUGAUAAGCAGCCCUAGCAGUGCCAUGUAUUGGAAAAGCGAUCAGAUGUUUGUGUGUAAACUAGAAGAAAAGGACGUGCCGGAGCUGGCAGUUCCCACUGAGAAGCUCACUUAACCUGAGGCAUGGAGACUGUAAUUUGGGAGACGAAGCCUCAAGCCUAAGGCGUUCUCGGGUACAUUGCCCGGGGCUCAUGUCGGAGGAGUGCGGGAGGGUUGCAGCCCUGGCGGCCGGGAGGACUCGGAAAGGCGCCGGGGAAGAGGGACUGGUGAGCCCCGAGGGAGCGGGGGACGAGGACUCCUGCUCCUCCUCGGCCCCGCUGUCUCCGUCGUCUUCGCCCCGGUCCAUGGCCUCGGGCUCUGUCUGCCCCCCUGGCAAGUGUGUGUGCAACAGCUGCGGCCUGGAGAUCGUGGACAAGUACCUUCUCAAGGUGAAUGACCUGUGCUGGCAUGUUCGGUGUCUCUCAUGCAGUGUCUGCAGGACCUCCUUAGGAAGGCAUACCAGCUGUUAUAUUAAAGACAAAGACAUUUUCUGCAAACUUGAUUAUUUCAGAAGGUAUGGAACUCGCUGCUCUCGUUGUGGGAGGCACAUCCAUUCUACUGACUGGGUCCGGAGGGCCAAGGGGAAUGUCUAUCACUUGGCAUGCUUUGCCUGCUUUUCUUGCAAAAGGCAGCUUUCCACGGGAGAGGAGUUUGCUUUGGUGGAAGAGAAAGUCCUCUGCAGAGUGCAUUAUGACUGUAUGCUGGAUAAUUUAAAAAGAGAAGUGGAAAAUGGCAAUGGGAUUAGUGUUGAAGGCGCCCUCCUCACAGAGCAAGAUGUUAAUCAUCCAAAACCAGCAAAAAGAGCUCGGACCAGCUUUACAGCAGAUCAGCUCCAGGUUAUGCAAGCACAAUUUGCUCAGGACAACAACCCAGAUGCACAGACCCUUCAGAAACUGGCAGAAAGGACAGGCUUGAGCAGACGUGUGAUACAGGUGUGGUUUCAGAAUUGUCGAGCACGCCAUAAGAAACACGUCAGUCCUAAUCACUCCUCCUCUGCCCCAGUCACAGCAGUCCCGCCCUCCAGGCUAUCUCCACCCAUGUUAGAAGAAAUGGCUUAUUCUGCCUAUGUGCCCCAAGACGGGACGAUGCUAACUGCGCUGCAUAGUUACAUGGAUGCUCAUUCACCAACAACUCUUGGACUCCAGCCCUUGUUACCCCAUUCAAUGACACAACUGCCAAUAAGUCAUACCUAAUUCCUUUUUUCAGGGAUAGAAAUGAUUAAGGAUAUAAUCUUGUCAUUUAUUAUGUAUAAAAUACCAUUGAAAAGAUAUUAAUGUUAAUUUUUUAUUUAACACUCAAAGCAUUUUCAACAUCACUUUGCUAACCAGGUAUGUAUCUAUAGUUGGCCUGCAAGACACUUUUAUUGAGUCUUCAUUUUUUUGUAAAAUUUAUGUUUACAAGAAGAAAAUAAAUCAGAACUUUUUUUUGUAUUGUCUGGAAAUAGUUCACACUAGUGUGUAUCUGUUAAUUUAUUUGUCAUCAAAAGAGCACUUUGCCUAAAAGAAAGGACUGACAAGUGUGCAAAAUGUUUACAAUCCUUUGUGAAAUCGUAGUUUAUCAUUAGUUUGUAUCUGUAAGUUAUUGUUAUAAAUACUACCUGUAUUUUUUGUUAUAUACAACUUUAUACUUUGAAGCUUGUAUCUGUGAAUUCGCAACUGAAGUUUAUUUUGCCAAUGUUUUCUGAAUGAAUUGAAUAAAGCUUUUGUUGUAGCAUGCCAUGCAAACACAUUAUUGUGUUUGUGGUUGAUGAAUUAUGGCUGUAAAUAACACUAUAGUUUAAUAAGCCCACCACUCUAAGUUUAUUAAACAUUUUCCAUUCUUGUGAAAGUUUCAACCAGUCUGUCCUUUUGUGUGUGUGUUUUCAGCAUUAAGUUGACGUUAGUCUCAAAUAUCACAACUCUUAAUUUUAGAAAGUCAUUUUGUUUUGAGCUGUGUUUUGAGUAUAUUUUAAUAGGAAACUUAUUUGUAGAUGAUUGCACUUAACAAAAGAACACAUGAAAACAUCUAAUUUGGCAAAUUAUCCCUUUCAAACUAGCUAAUAAAAUUAAUGUGAAAGAAAAGAGCACUUUUCAAAACUACCUUUUUGCGUAUCCCAAGUCAGAAAAGAAAUAUGGGCCAUGAGAAUAUAUUCUUCAGGGGUGAAAAAGGAGAACUAAAAGUAUUUGGAGUUUAUGAGCAAUGUUUCUAGAGCAGACUCUUUACUUUUUCUUCCUAGUGAACACUCUUUAGGGAUUGUGAUUCUGAGAGCUGAAAUCUAAACCCCAGGACUUUAUCAUAUGUAGCCGUGGACGCUUGUCUUGGAAUUACAAAAGUAAGUGGUGCCACCCUCACUAAUUUUUGGAUUUAAAGAACUUAAUCAGUACUCACUUCUUGUUUUUCAUAGACCAGUAAGGGGGAAAAAGGUAAUGGGGAAAAAAUCUUAAGAAUCUUAAGUUUAAGUCUUUGUUUAACUUAGCAGAUUCACAUCUGGCUGAGGACUGGAAGUAAUAGUGGAGUAUUUGUAAUUCUAUUCUAGUAAUCAUAAAUGCAACCAGAAAGCAAUCAUGUGGGUGUAAGGAACUCACUAUCUGCCUCAAACCAGAGGCAAUAAGCCUAAGUUUCACUACAGGAGAAAGGAAGAAAAAAGGCUUUUGUUUUGUUUUGUUGAAACCUGCUACUCCAGUUAGA